AAAAUAGGCUUCCCAUUCUGCAUCACCAAAUAUUUCACCAUGAAACACCUAGUGAGCUUUGUUCUUCUCGCCCUGGCCAUCUACCCAGUCCAUUCGGCUCGCCGCUACCGCAUAGCCGCCGAAGAGUGCGUUCAAUAUCUCAAAAUAUGUCCAACCCGUCUGGAGCAGUACUUGAAGUUUAUCUUCCCGGAGGAUCGCGAGACAAUGUGCUUCAUGCGUUGCGUUGCCACCAAGCUGAACCUAUGGUGCGACAGGAAAGGCCUCAACUGGGCAGUUCUAGAAGACAGGAUAUGCCCAUCCGUACGGGAGAAGGUCGAAGCCUGCGUCUGCCGGAAGCUGGAUCUCAUCGACCCCUAUGAUCACUGCCCCAGAGCCUACUACGCCUUCCGCUGCCUGCGAAACUAUCUGCAGGAGAUCUUCCUGUUCAAAAACCUCGAUCGCGACUUCGAUGAUGGCUACAUAGUGAAGGUCCCAUCCUCCAAGGAACUCAUCGUCCCGAGUUGCGCCAGUUGUAGCAACAGCUUCAACCCCCUGACGAUAACCGAGAUGACCCAAAAGCUUCUGCAAUGCGCCAAAAAGUGCCAGCUCUGUUCGUUAAAUCUGUGCGAUCGUACGACGGAUCCGGUGGUCGAGACCCCAGAAUUCCAGUGUACCGUGUACUGCGCGUCGAUCUGCACCGGAGUCUACAGCGAGCAGAAGGGCAUCCUGAUGGAUAAUCUGUACGCGCAGUUGGCCCGCUGCGAAACGCGGGAGUCCUUCGACUACCGUUUGGGGCUGUGCUUCGGUCGGAAUGCCCUACCGGAGGGUAGCAGUCCUCAGGCGGUGGUCUUCCAGCAGUACUUCAAGUGCCUCCGAGGGGACUACGAACGGUUCUACAGCAGCAACCUGGAGGAACUGCUGCAGAUCCCCGGUAUUUCCAAGUAUUGCUUCUAGGUUGGCGGUUUCGACUAUGGUUCUGAUAAAGUUAUUGAAAUAAAGUUCAAAUAGAACUAAGGAGGUGCUCAUUUCAAAAGAAAUCAUUUCUGCUGUGUAUACUUUUAAGCGCACGCUUACUUUUUUUACUGCCACUUCUAUGAUAUUUCAUUGGUAUUUGUUUGGCAUUCCAACGGCAUUCCUUAGCCACUUCAGAGGCAUUUUUUGGUAUUUGAUGACCAUUUUAUCAGCAUUCCAUU